AUGUCAGCCAUCAUUACUAAAUCGAUCUUGACUCAAAAAGUUGGUGUUUUGUCACUCGUGGCAACCCAUAGAAGCGCCAGUUGGUUUUCCAAGAUUCUCUAUCCCUUUUCCCAGCCUAAUCAGUCAAUCACCGAUUCCUAUAAACCUUCAAGUCAAAAUGGUAAUCAAUGCUUCCUGCCUGUGAGAAGCGACGCCGAGUUGGACGAUACCUUGCGUUUCAAUAAUCGCUCUCCUUUGAUUUUGAAUUUCACCGUUAGAGGUAACGACACUUGCAACAAGCUUACAGGGGCCCUGAAUAGAAUCGUUCUGCUGGAGACCGACAAGAGAGUGAAUAUCGCAGAUGUAGAGACAGAUUACCUCGAAACUAGAGAUUCCAUGUUGAGAUUUGGGGUGAAGCAAGUUCCUACUUUGGUAGCAGUCAGGAAGACCUUUCCAGUGGACCAUUAUACUGUACCAGAGUUAACUAACACACAGGUUAACUGGCAAGAUCUUAAGAGAUGGAUCGAGAAAAAUGCAGAUUGA